GGCCCUGCCCGGGGGUGGGGGAAGCUCCCGGCGGAGCGCCGCCCCCCUCGCCUCUCCUCCGGCGCCGCUCCCGGCCCCGGCGAGGACUAUGCGGAGAUGGCCGUUCCGACCGGAGGCGGGAACAAAGAGUCGCUGCCGUUCAACCCCAGGCAGCGUUCGCCGGGCUCCAGUCCCGGGAACGGUCGCAGGGGCCUGGCGCGCUCCCCCGGCGGGCAGGUCCCUGGCGGGGCCCGCGCGGCGCGGCGUGGAGGCGGCGGGCGGCGGGGCGGCAGGAGCGACCCCCCGAGAGGCGGCAGGGCGGGGCCGGCGGGCGGCGGGAUGCGGGACGCGCCGGGCCCGCGGCACCUCCGACUGCUGCGCGUCUGCGGAGAGCGGCUGCGAGUAUUUGUUGGUGACAGAAUGGAUGCCAUUGUUAAAGCUGACAGCAAGAUAUGGCUCACUUUCAUUCUGGCUGCUUUUGCAGGAGUCCUACAUUGGUGGCACAUAACAACUCUGUUUGAAAAUGACCGUCACUUUUCUCACCUGUCAACACUAGAAAGAGAAAUGGCUUUUCGCACAGAAAUGGGUCUUUAUUAUUCCUAUUUCAAGAUUAUUAUUGAAGCACCAUCGUUUUGGAAUGGUCUGAGUGCAAUUAUGAAUGACAGACUAACUGAAUAUCCUUUAGUGAUCAACACCUUACAAAGGUUCAAUCUUUACCCAGAGGUGGUCCUUGCCAGCUGGUACCGCAUAUAUACUGCUGUUAUGGAUUUCUUUGGUAUACCAACAAAGAUGUGUUGGACUGUAAACAGAGGAAAAGAUCUUAGUCCUGUUGAAAGUUGUGAGGGGUGGGGAGACCCUGCUUCCUUUUAUGUUGCUGUGAUUUUUCUUUUGAAUGGACUAAUGAUGUCACUGUUCUUCAUAUAUGGCACAUACCUCAGCGGGAGCCAGCUAGGAGGCCUCAUUACCGUGAUGUGUUACUUUUUCAACCAUGGAGAGUGCACUCGUGUCAUGUGGACUCCCCCUCUUCGUGAAAGUUUCUCAUACCCAUUCCUUGUGCUUCAGAUGUUGCUUUUGACCUAUAUUCUCAGGAUUCCGAAUAUUAAUAAAGGAAGCUUGAUUGCACUGUGUGUUUCUAAUAUCUUUUUCAUGCUUCCCUGGCAGUUUGCUCAGUUUGUUCUUCUAACUCAGAUAGCUUCAUUGUUUGCUGUGUGUAUUAUGGGUUAUAUUGACGCCUGCAAAUUACAGAAGAUACUCUCUGUUCAUAUGGUGUCUCUUGUCGUGUGUUUUAUUCUGAUGUUUGGUAAUUCAAUGUUAUUGACAUCGUAUUAUGCUGCAUCUUUAGUAGUUAUCUGGGGAAUUCUUGAGCUGAGCCCACGAGUCUUUGAAAGGAACGGGAGUCAAGUAUUUCUGUGGAUCAUUGAAGGAUGUGCCUGGUUAGUUGGGACAGUCACCUUGAAAUACCUAAUGUCUUUAGCAUUUGGAGUAGCUGAUGAUGCUCAUAUAGGUAAUAUAUUAAAAGCUAAAUUUAUUGGCUACAAGGAUUUUGAUACAUUAAUGUACACCUGUGCUGCAGAGUUUGACUUCAUGGAAAAAGAGACUCCAGUACGAUACAUAAAGACUCUACUGCUACCAGUUGUUCUGUUGGUUUUUGUGGUAAUUGUCUUAAGGGCAAUUAAAUCUCUUGGGUGGACCUUUUCCCAGACAAGACAGUAUGAAAGAGAGGAACGUUUUAUCCAGGGUGAAGUGGUAUACCAUGCAUUGCAGCUGUUGGCAUACGGUGUCCUAGCGAUUUUAAUCAUGAGACUAAAAUUAUUUUUGACACCACAUCUAUGUGUUAUGGCUUCUUUGGUGUGUUCCAAACAGUUGUUUGGAUGGCUCUUCUGUAAAAUCCAGCCCAAAACAUUGGUCUUUGCUAUUUUAGUACUGAUGGCAGUAGAAGGGUCAGCAAAUCUUCAGACUCAGUGGAACAUCAUGGGAGAAUUUAGCAAUUUGCCACAGGAGGAACUUCUAGAGUGGAUACAAGUCAAUACAAGACAAGAUGCAGUAUUUGCAGGAGCAAUGCCUACAAUGGCAAGCGUUAAAUUGUCUGCGCUUCGUCCCAUUGUAAACCAUCCCCAUUAUGAAGAUGCAGGAUUAAGGGCCAGAACAAAAAUAGUGUAUUCAAUGUACAGUCGAAAACCUGCAAAAGAAGUUAAAAAAGAAUUAAUAAAAUUAGGAGUGAAUUACUACAUUCUGGAAGAGUCGCUGUGCGUAAGCAGAAAGAAGCCUGGUUGCAGUAUGCCUGAAAUUUGGGAUGUGGAAGAUCCUGCUCAUAGUGGCCGGAUUCCUUUAUGUACCCUGAUGAGCCAGGAGUCCAGGCCAUAUUUCAUCACAGUAUUUGAAAACAGCAAUUACAGAGUCUUGAAGAUUCCAAAUGAGUAACAUUUCAGUGUAGUGAAGCAUCGGUCUUUCAACUUUUUAAACUACUUACUAUAAGGAUUCUAAAAGAGAAAUACAUUUUUUUACAAGACUUAAAAUGGAAAAGCGUUUAUUUUAUUUUUUACCAUUUUAAGUGAAUUCUGAUUAUAGAAAUAUCUUAAACCUUGCAGUUUGGAUUUCUAUUUCAGGGUCAGUCCCUCGAGAUUUGCUAUGCAAAUGAUUAUAUGUUUGCACAUCUUAUUUAACACUGAUCCAAAAGGAGUUAAAAGUAGCUAUGGAAAGUACCUUUAUUCUCAAAACCAAUGAUAUUGUGAAAUGGGACUGUCAGAAUGUCUUAGCAAAGCAAGUUUUCUUAAAGCUUUGGUGCUAGCAGCUU